AUAAAUGCCAGCACUCAGCAGCACUGUGUCUGAGAGACACAGAGGAAGAUGUGGGUGUCCAAAGUAAUCUUUUUCAUUUAUCUUAGUACUAGUUGUACUGCUCAGGAAGAAGCUCUUCCUGUGCCUAACAUGCAUCUGCAGUCAUCGUGGUUUGAGGUGUUUCCGGAUGAACUAGUAAAACUAAGGUGUAACAUUAACAGCAAGGACUGGACCAUUACCUGGUACAAAGAUGAGCAGGAGGUUCAACCUUCAGACUCUUCUGUCAUUCUGUCUGAGGAUUCCCAGAGUCUGACUCUGAAUGCAGUAGCACAGUCACAGAGUGGAAAGUACAGCUGUAAAGGCAACAGCAAAACCAACGCAUCUGUUAGCACAGCACGCAGUAAUGCACUUCAAAUUACUGUUCAUGAUACGCCUACACUCACACUGUCCAAAAAUCCUACUCCAAACAGUAUGUAUGUAGGGGAGACAGUAAUCUUCACAUGUGAUGUUCCCCGUCUUGUUGGAUGGACAUACAAAUGGUACAAAGAUGAUGCAGACAUUGGCCGCACGGGCCCCACUCUGACCAUUGUUCUGGAACUGUCGAAUGGAGGGAACUACUCCUGCAAAGCCCUCAGAGAAGACCGAGUCGUACCACUUAGUAGUAAAAAGAUCACACAAGCAGUCAAUGAUAUUCCUGUCCCAGAGGUGAAGUUACGCAGUUCAUGGACAGAUGUAUUUAAGAAUGAGAAAGUGAUUCUGGGGUGUGAGACUGGUAGCACCGACUGGAGAUUCUUGUGGUUCAGAAAUGGACAACCCCUCACUGGAGAUGAUUCCUUGAAAAUAACAGGGGAGGAGGGAUCCACUCUUCAGAUAGUUUCAGCAUCACUGAGUCAUAUGGGGCCUUACACCUGUAAAGCCCAACACAAAAGCAGGACUGUCAACUCCACACUGAGCCAACCACUAGUUAUUUUAGUUUAUGAAACCACACCUAAACCCAAACUGACGAAAGAGCAACAGUACAACCCGAUGUAUGUGGGUGAGACGGUGCAGUUUAUUUGCAGUGUUGAUGUGGCCUCUGGGUGGAGGUUUAAAUUCUUCAAAGAUGAGAGAGAGAUCACCGUCAGUGACUCCAGUAUCAGUAUUCAGCUCAGCCUGUCUGAUGAUGGGAAAUACUCUUGUAAAGGGAUGAGAGGAGAACACACUAAUACAGACAGCAGUGACGAGAUUACCGUGACUGUUCUUGAGGUCCCUCUCCCAAAGGUGACCCCCCUCACCUCUUGGCGGGAUGUGUUCCCCACUGAGACGGUGGAGCUGGGCUGUGAGGCGUCCUCUGCUCCUCAGGACUGGACUUACCAGUGGCAGAAAGAUGACAAGAUGGAUCACCAGAUUAGCAGUGUGUCUUUUGACUCAGAUGGUGCUAAGCUCUCCAUCAGCUCUGCUUCAGCCUCACAUCAAGGCAAUUACAGAUGUAAAGCGACCCUAAAGAGCAGGAGUAUCAUUACCUCUUUUAGUGCCCGACAUACUCUGUCGGUGUAUGAUCAAAAACCUCAGCCCACACUGGUCCAGGAUCCAGACUACUCCAUACUGUUCCCCCGGGAGCCAAUGAGGUUCCACUGUCACAUCAAUGUGUCAAGUGGUUGGUCAUUUGUGUGGUACCAAAACAACAAAGAACUCCAACCCAGACAAGGCACAUAUGAAGUCACUUCUCCUGAUACCACACAUUCUGGGUCUUAUACCUGUAAGGGCAAACGAGGCAAGACCCACAGCUUCAGCACUCCCAUAAGUCAAGUUAAACAAGUUGAAAUAAGAAAGGAUAUACCUGCUCCUGUUCUAUCCCAGCAGCCUGAUGUGGACAAGGUGUACCUAGGAGAGCUGGUGAUGUUUAAAUGCAAUCUUAAUAUAUCAUCAGACUGGGAGUACCACUGGCUCAAAAAUGGACAGCCUCUAUCAGUUUUUAGUAAUGCCUACACUAUAGGCAGUGCAACACAUCAACAGAGUGGAGACUAUAAAUGCAAGGCCAAAAGAAGAAAAACGCUCUUUGAAACAGAAAGUCUGCCAAAAGUCAUUAAUAUUUCUGAUAUCCCUAUCCCCUCUGUGAACAACUUAACUUCAUGGUUGGAUGUUUUCCCGACGGAGACUGUGAAGUUGCACUGUGGGAUGCAGAAUGGAGCCUCUGAUUGGAUUUACACAUGGAGCAAAGACGGACAGCCGAUCAAACAUGAGGACAACAUGAAGAUAGACAAAAAUGGUAGCCUUCUGACCAUCCUCUCCUCUGUGUCACAUACUGGAGAAUACAGCUGCAUGGCAAAACACAGGAAGAGACCUGUCAGCAGCACUUACAGUUCGGGGAUAAGACUUGAGGUGUAUGUUGCCAAACCCAGUGUUGAACUUGUCCAAGAUCCUGACUUCACCAUCUUCUACACCGAGGAUCCAGUGACUUUCAGCUGUGGAGUCAAUGUGUCGUCAGGAUGGGAAUAUUUAUGGUUCAAGGAUAAUCAUAUUAUCAGUCAAUCUGCACCAAGCCACACCAUCGCACAUGCUUACACCUCACACACUGGGGGAUACAGCUGCAUGGCCAAAAGAGGGAAAGGAGGGACUGUUUUCCAGACGGAUAACAGUAGGAGUGUGAAAAUUGAAGUAAAAGAGCGCCCAUCAGCAUCUAUAGAACUCCUAACAGGCUGGUCUGAGGUGUUUUCCACUGACAGUCUAGUGCUCAAAUGUGAGACAGAAGACAGUCAUGACUGGAAUUUUGAAUGGUUUAAAGGAGGUAAAAAAAUUGAGCAGCUUUUAUCAGAAAUGCAUACAAUCACACCACAGAAUGACCCAGACCAAAGCGAGUACAUGUGCCAGGGCAACCGCACCGGGAGGCCUUCUUACACCAAGCGCAGUGAACCUCUGAAAACAAACAAUCUCUUGCUGAAGAGGAGAGUCCUUCUGUCUAUUUCUGGAUGUCUAGUGUUUGGCCUUUGUGCUGUUUUUCUUGGGUGUAUUGUUCUCAAAGUCUGCCACAAGCCAGCUGUUGACCAAGAGAAGCCAGAAGAGGUUGACCUAUUUCUAACCAGGGCAGAACUAUCAAAACAUGCACCAAAUCCACUAAUUGAAUAUGUUACUGAUGAAGACCUGAAAGAGAUUGCUAAAGACGCUGAUGAAAAGGGAACAAUAAGCUGUGAAUCAACACUUUUGCCGAUAACGUCUAAAGAGGACGAAGCCACACCAUCUGAGAGCAACAUUACAACUGGGAAUGGCGAGAUGGUUUCAUUUAAACAAUGAUUUAUACUGAAGUGGUAUGUCAUAGAAUAUAUAGGCCUGCAGACCGUUAAUGUAAAUAUUACAGUACAAAAUAAAUGAAUAAGUUAACAACGCUUGAGUAAAGACUUGGAUUAUGUAUCUGUAUAUUAUGUCAGCAAGUGGGGUGUGCUAAUAUUAUUCAUUCCUGUAUGUAUUUAUGCAGUUUACUGAAUGCUUUGUUCAUGUAUAUAGAACUAUAUUUUGUGUGCCGCACUAAAUGUAGCAGACAAUAUGAAGGGUAAUGUAGACUUUUUUGUAUUGUAAUUAGAACAGAGACCAGGGGUCAACAGAUAUGAAUUACUGCUAUGUUUUGUAUCUGAUCUUUAUUUUGAAU